ACAACAUGGGACCGCCAAGGAAACUUGUUCUGCUGCUCUUCAUGAGUGCAGAAAUCAGCAUCGGAUCCACAGAAGCUCCCCCUACAGCUGCAGUGGUGGUGGUGUCUCCUCAGAGUCCUUUUUACUCUGGAGAGAGAGUCACUCUGAGGUGUGAAGUAGCAAAGUACACAGACUGGAGUCAGUAUUACUGGUACAGAGACAACAGCCCAGAUCCAGGCGGGAACAGUGAGACCAUCACCAUCACACUCCCACAAGAGGCUGGUCAAUACCAGUGCUCUGGACAGAGGAAGGACCGUCCCCAGACAUCAUCUUUAAGUGAGCAUAGUCACAUUGAGUGCAAAGAAGAAACGCCAACUCCAACCAUUAGUACAGACAGAGGGGCACCAGUGUUCACAGGAAAUUCAGUUACCCUGAGAUGUGACGUGGACCAGUCCACUGGAUGGACAUUCUACUGGUACAGACACACGCAGGCCUCUUAUCCUGUAGCCCAGACUGAUGGAAACUCCUACAGCAUCAGCUCUGUUAAAGUGUCUGAUGGAGGACAGUACUGGUGCAGAGCUGGGAGAGGAGACACAGUCUACUACACACACCACAGCAAUGAGGUGCGGGUGAAAAUCACAGAAAGUCCCAAAGUCGUUGCAACCCUCCUGUCCAACUGGACAGGUUUCUUCUGUGGAGAGAGGAUCAAGUUCAGAUGCGACAUACAGGGAGAUCAACACAGAGUCUGGCAAUACAGCUGGUAUAAAAACAGGACUAUGAUACCUAAUCCAGUACCUACAUGGCACGAGUACACAAUAUAUUAUGCUCAAGUGUCCCACAGUGGUGAGUACAGCUGCAGAGGAACACGCAGUAGAGACUCACAGACAUCAGAGACCAGUGAACUUGUCAGAAUUACAGUGUCAGAAAAACCAAAGCCAGCAGUUAGAGGACCUCCACAGACCUGGCUGACUGAAGGAGACUCAGUGACUCUGAGCUGUGAGGUUACAGGCUCCACUACAGACUGGAGAUUCCACUGGUACAAGACUGCCCCCUACAGGCCUGGGUUGACAUAUUUUACAUAUGAAAGCAGAGCAUAUUAUGUAGAGCUGCUCUCAGAAAGCAUCAGAGGAGUUGGAGGCUCCUACACUCUCAGCCCUGCUGCUCUUAGACACACAGGGGUUUAUGUGUGCAGAGCAGAGAGAGGAGAGCCAGCCUAUCACACAGAGUUCAGCCAACCUCAGCCUCUCUGGGUCACAGGUCAUUCCCCUCCAUCCUCCCUGGUUGUCCAUCCCAAUACAAAUCAUCAUUUUGAUCGUGAGUUUCUUUCCCUAAGCUGUGUGGGGAGCGUAAACUUAACUGGAUGGAGAUUGAGAUGGUUCACAGGAUGGUCAGAGAAUGAUAUGUGUCCCACUGGUUGGACAGAAGCAGGAUCCACCUGUAGAACAGAAAAAGCAUUUUCAUUAGACAGUGGAAUUUACUGGUGUCAGUCUGAGUCUGGAGAGCAGAGUAAUCCUGUCAACAUCACAGUGCACACUGGUAAUGUGAUCCUGGAGAGUCCUGCCCAUCCUAUGACUGAGGGAGGUCCUCUGACUCUGCGCUGUAGAUAUCGCUACCAGCCAUCAAACAUCAGUGCUGACUUCUAUAAAGAUGGGACACUCCUGCAGACCUCCACCACAGGAGAGAUGACCAUCCCUGCAGUCUCAAAGUCACAUGAAGGCCUCUACAAGUGCAGCAACCCAGAGAGAGGAGAGUCACCAGAGAGCUGGAUCACCGUAAAUGUUGCAGCACCACAUUCUGGGUCCUCUCUGCUGGUAACUGUGGGUGUUGUUGUUGGACUGGUGCUUAUGAUCGUGCUCAUCAUAAUCCUAGUUUUGCUGUUUCACUUCAAAAAGCUGAAAGCAGGUGUCAUACAAACACCUCCUCUUGGCCAACAACAGCUCAACACCAGUCAGAAUCAGGACCUGAGCCAAUCUGCAGGAAAUGAAGGAGAUCAGACAGGAUAUGAACCAUUGCACAGUGGAACCACAAAUGUGUAUGACACUGUCGGUACAGCUGACCAGAAAGAGGAAGGUGCCGCCACAGUAGGACAGAGCGAUGUGACAUAUGCCACCAUUGAUCAGAAGAGUACUUGUGACAAAAUCAAAAAGAAGAGGACAAAAAAUGGAGGUAAACCAGAGCCAGAUAUAGUUUACUCAGAACUCAAAGCAGUGAAGGUCACAGCCAAAGUCAACGAGUCUCAAGUGGAUGCGGUUUACUCUGAAGUGAAGCACCCAACCUCUUCAGACUGUGCUGUUAAUGUUGGAUCUGAAUCUGUCAGAAUGCUGAAGAUACAAGACAGCAUGGAUACAGGAUGCCUGUUCCUGCUCAUCUUUUUUACUUUUCACAUCUACUUUGGAAACACUGAGGAUGUAUCGACAGCUGUUUUGACUCUUGAGCCAAACAGAACAACAAUCUUCCAAGGAGAGACUGUCCACCUUAACUGCAGCGUAAAAGGACAGAACAGCUAUUACAGGUGGUACAAAUUGCAGAGAAGGGAUUCGAAUGGCUACUUUACUGAUGUGACUUCAUGGGAUCAGAGAAGCAUAUUUGAGAUUCAUCAUGCAAAAGAUGGUGGGAUCUACCGCUGCAUUGCAGAUAGUCUUCAGAGCAAUGUUCUCAAUCUAACUGUUUCAGGUCUUCCUAAAGCUAAACUGACUGUCGAGCCAGAGGUCUGUGUGUUCAUUGGUGAGACGGUCACUCUGAUUUGUGAGAUAGAGUCUCACCGUGGCUGGACAUACAAGUGGUAUAAAGGCCUAAAUCCCAAUCCGGUGUCUGAGUCUGAAGAAAACACCUUCACCAUCAGUGGAGCUGGUUACUCUGAUGAGGGCCAGUUCUGGUGUCGGGGGGAAAGGAGAGACAGACCCACAGCAUCAGAGACCAGUGGAAUCAUUGUUCUUGUUGUCCAAGGUCUGCCUGUGACAAUGCUAACCGUAGAGCCACAGAGUCCUGUGUUCACUGGAGAGACUGUCACUUUCAAGUGCACAAUAUACCAUUUUGAUGGCUGGACGUAUAAGUGGUACAAAGCCCCCAGUUCAAAUCCUGUGUUUGAGUCAAAUGGAAACACCUUCACCAUCAGAGGAGCUGCUGAAUCUGAUAAGGGCCAGUACUGGUGUCAGGGGGAGAGGAGAGAUAGACCCACAAUAUCAUACCCCGGUGGAUCAGUGAUUCUCAAAGUGAUGGGUCUGCCUGUGACAAUGCUAACCGUAGAGCCACAGAGUCCUGUGUUCACUGGAGAGACUGUCACUUUCAAGUGCACAAUAUACCAUUUUGAUGGCUGGACGUAUAAGUGGUACAAAGCCCCCAGUUCAAAUCCUGUGUUUGAGUCAAAUGGAAACACCUUCACCAUCAGAGGAGCUGCUGAAUCUGAUAAGGGCCAGUACUGGUGUCAGGGGGAGAGGAGAGAUAGACCCACAAUAUCAUACCCCGGUGGAUCAGUGAUUCUCAAAGUGAUGGGUCUGCCUGUGACAAUGCUAACCGUAGAGCCACAGAGUCCUGUGUUCACUGGAGAGACUGUCACUUUCAAGUGCACAAUAUACCAUUUUGAUGGCUGGACGUAUAAGUGGUACAAAGCCCCCAGUUCAAAUCCUGUGUUUGAGUCAAAUGGAAACACCUUCACCAUCAGAGGAGCUGCUGAAUCUGAUAAGGGCCAGUACUGGUGUCAGGGGGAGAGGAGAGAUAGACCCACAAUAUCAUACCCCAGUGGAUCAGUGAUUCUCAAAGUGAUGGGUUCUCUGCCCAAACCUACACUCUCUCUCAAGGGCUCUGCACCAGUUCUCACUGGAAACUAUGUCUCGCUGACCUGUGAAUUGCAGUCUGCUGGGUGGCUCUUCUACUAUUACAAAACCACACUGGACUCACAGCAUGUUAGUGUGUCUGAAAUAAACUCCUACAGCAUCAACUCUGUUAAAGUAUCUGAUGGAGGACAGUACUGGUGCAGAGCUGGGAGAGGAGACCCAGUCUUCUAUACUCAAUAUAGUGAUGCAUUGUGGGUAAAUGUCACUGAGAGACCAAAAGCUGUUGUGAGUUUGGAGCUUAAUUGGACACAAAUCUUCCGUGGAGAGACAGUCACCCUACGGUGUAACAUCCAGACAGAGGAAAACCAUGACUGGGAGUACAGCUGGUACAGGAAUGGGAUUCUUCGCUCUGUAAAUCAUCUCUAUACUUUCACCGCUACUUAUGUAUCCAAAGACAACUACACAUGCAGGGGACAACAAAAAAACAACCAGAUGGAGUCAGACUUUAGUGAAGCUUUUACUUUGAAUGUGAUUGAAAAACCAAAGCCAGUUCUUAGAGGACCUCCACAGACCUGGCUGACUGAAGGAGACUCAGUGACUCUGAGCUGUGAGGUUAGAGGCUCCACUACAGGCUGGAGAUUCCACUGGUACAGAUAUGUUUCUUUUAGAAACAGAUUACCCACUGUUACAUAUGGAGGCACAACAUACUAUCUAGAGCUUCUCUCUAAUGGUGAGAGAGAAACUGGAGGCUCCUACAUUCUCAGCCCUGCUGCUCUUAGACACACAGGGGUUUAUGUGUGCAGAGCAGAGAGAGGAGAGCCAGCCUCUCACACAGAGUUCAGCGAUCCUCAGCCUCUUUUUAUCACAGGUGUUCCUUCAGCCUCCUUGGUGAUUAAACCCAAUAGAACUCAGCACUUCACAGGUGACUCUCUCUCCCUAAGCUGUGAGGUGCAGGGCAACUCUACUGGAUGGAGACUGAGGUGGUUUACCAAGAAACCGGAAAUAUCACAGUGUCCAUAUUCGUGGACAGCAGCAUCGGGUCCUCGAUGUCAUACUGUCUUGUACGCAUCUGACAGCGGCGUGUACUGGUGUCAGUCAGACAACAGCAAGUACAGUCACAUUGUCAACAUAACCGUGCACAAUGGGCCUGUGAUCAUUGACAGCCCUGCCUACCCAGUGACUGAGGGAGAUCCUUUGAGUCUGCGCUGUGUGUAUCGCUCUCAGCCAGCUGACUUCCACGCUAAUUUCUUUAAAGACAGCUUGCCUUUGAAAAACCAUACAAGUGGAGAAAUGACCAUCACUGCUGUCUCAAGGAAGGAUGAGGGCUACUACCAAUGUGACAACACACAAGGAAUAUCACUUAUGGCCUAUGUUACAGUUAAAGCCUCAUUCUCAGAGCCUGGGUCCUCCCACGUGCUAGUCGCUGUGUCUGUGGUACUGGUGACUCUCUUAAUUUUGGUUAUCAUGCUGGCCCUGCUGUUUUGCUCCAAAAAAGUCAAGGGUUUGCAUGAUCAUACAACUUUUGCUCAUCAAGAUCAGAGUCUUAAUGACCAAACUCAACACCUGAAUCAGCAAGGAUGUACUCAUCUGGAGAGUGACAUAACACAUGUGUAUGACACAGUCAACAUACAAAAUGGAGGAGAAGAUGAGGAUACAACAGGAUCUACAACUGAUUUGACAUAUGCUCAACUUGAACUGAAACCGAUCAAAAAUAAGCAGAAAAUCAACAGUGAUGAACAUGUGCCCAGUGAUGUGAUCUACGCUAAGGUUAACAUUACAGCAAAGAAGCCAAAAAAUAAAGGGGAAGAUCAGCCACCAAAUGGCGAUGUGACAUACGCUACAGUCAAUGUUAAAGCAAAGGAGCUUAGUACAAAAGAUCACUGAAGCUGGACCAUCGUGUCAUUCAGGGUUUGAAAACCAGAAGAUUUUGAUGAAUGUCAGCAUUACUUUCAAAAAGUAUAAAGUGUGCCGAAAUGUAAUGCUACCAUGCAUGUUACUUUAAGAGAAGCCACAAAGUAUUGUAAGCACACACACACACUCUCUCUCUCUCUCUCACUCUAUCUCUCUCUCUUACACACACACACAAACAUACACAAAACUGAAUAGUUUUGAGAAAAGGGUGACAGGUAAAAAAAAAAAAAUGUGUUUUAGCAAUUGUGAAAAACUGUAAAAUGCAUAACAUUCCAAAUACACACAGACAGACAGAGAGAGAUCUGCAACAUUUGAGGCCACAAGUUAUAAAUUGUGGGAACUGUGAGCUUCAGCUUCCAAACAAAAACAGGAGAUUUAGAAUAUCAAUGUAUCUUUAUCUUUUUAUUGGAACAUUUCAAUGAAGUUUGACAAAUGCCAUUGACAUGGGGGCAUUUUGGUCAUGAUGAAUUUCCAACAAUGGGGGGGGGCAUAUGGUUAUGAAGGUGAUGUUGAAGGUGAUGUACAGUAUACUGUACUUAUCAUCUCAUGUGUGGGCACCUGCCAAAUCAUAUUUUUUUCAUAAUAAUUGUGAUCGCAAUAAACAUCUUUGAGCAGCUA